AUAACUGCUUGAUUGCUGGAUUUACACAAGCGUAUUACGACGAAAUUUAAGCCGGAAAAUAACUUAGGCCGUGAGGUUAGCGGCAAGUUGUGAUCAGAUUUCAUCGUUGAGUGCCUGAACGUGUCCACUUUAAAUGCCAAAUUAAACCGAAUAAGCGCCGUUUUGGCCAGAGCCCUCAAUUUUGCUUGGCGUUGGUGGAGGAGCAACAGACGUCUGGCCGGAAAAGCGGGAAAAGCCGGCUAAGAAAACUGACGGGGAGAUGGAUGGAUGUGUGAGGGACAUCAACUAAUUGAAAUUGCGCGCCAAUUUUGUGGCUAAGCCAGAGUCUGAGUCACAGUCGGUUGGAACUGGGAGUUAGGCAGUGUUGGCCAAGUGUCAUGCGCAGAGAUACGAUGGUUGGGAACACCGAGUUCGGGCCAAGAACCGAAAAGCGUUCGUGCGUUGUCGUUGGUCGGGAAGCACAACAAAUUGGAACUACUGGGGAUGUGCGUGUGUGGAUUCAGUCGUCGCGUCGCGUCUCGUCUCGUCUCGUCUGGCCAAAAAAUAUCGGCUAGGCGAAGUGCUGUGCAGUUAACGUCGGUAUCUGCAGGGCCUCGCAUCGUCGGCGGCGCGUUAGUUGUCGAGCAGCGGUCCAACGGUGCGUAUGCGUAUUUCGAACGGUCCACGGUGCGUAUGCUCAACGUUCAGCGCGUUGUUUGACCCACAGCGCUGAGCUGUCUACUCCGUUUCCGUUUCCGAAAUUCUGAUUCGAGAAUCGCGUGGUUUGUCGUGUUUUUGCGUCUUCCUCUCGUUUGUUGUGAGUCUUCUUCGCGCGAUUAUUUUUCUGGCUAAAACCGCGUUUUCACCAAUUGCUGCGCUACUUUUGUUCUCUUUUUUUUUUUUGUUGUUUUUUUCUGGGUUCGAAUUGUACGGCAUGAAAUCAGCAAAAUCAACCAAGGCAAGACCCUAGUGAGAGUGUGCUAGUGAGAUACCCGAGAGUGUGUGUGCGAUGUCGGUGUUCGGUUACCAUUGAUGAAUGGCAAACAAAUUUAAUCAGCCAAUGGCCGGUGAAUAAUAAAGCCAAGCAACAAAGAAAGAGAAGAAAAACAAACCGCUUCAAGCCAAAAUCCAACCACACGUGUAUAUUAAUUUCAUUUGAAAAGCGUUAAUUCGGUUAAGCACUUAAAGCGACCGGGGCCGGUGGUCCACAUGGACUGGAUGCGGAGCCAUGCCGCGUUGACAGCGUCCUCGUCAUCCGUUGAGCAAUCCGCCGGACAAAUUGGCCCACGCGGGGCACCUGCCUAGUUUGAGUCGCAUCCAGCGUAUCGGGAUACUUCCAGGCCAUCAUGUCCAGCAGUCACUCCGGCACAAUGGGCCGUAAGCGGGCGGGCAGUGGCAGUGCUGCCGGCAGUGAGUAUUACUAUGCUUCCGGCGGACUGGCCGGACUUGCAGGACUUCCAGGAUCGGGCAGCGGAGGCGGAGGCGGUGGCGGUGGCGUCGGUGGAGGAGAGCAAUUGCGACGCCAGCGAUCCGCCGAGUGGCACAGUCACGGUCGACACAGUCACGGCCACGGUCACGGUCACGGUCACGGCCUGGGUCACGGCCUAAGUCACGGCAUGGGGCACGGCUACGGCAGCAGCAGCGAGGACGAGUACCAGAACACCGGACAGACGACGGCCUUCGACACCCAGCUGCUCGCCCAGCUGCUGCUGCAGAGUCAGCAAUUGGCAAGCAUGGAGCACUAUAAUUCGGACUGCGAGCCGGACUACCUGAGACAGCGCGAUCGUCACCUGGAGGACGCGCCAUUGGACGAUGCCCCGCCCCCCGUGGCGACCGCCCCCGAGGUGACCUACGCCCAGCCGCACCAGCAGCGCUCCUCGAUGGGAUCGCCACUGAAGUUGGUCUCCACCGUUUCGGCGGGCAAAUACCAAUCGAACGCGAACUUGGGCCUGUUUCCCAACAGCAGCAGCAGCGGUGGCAGCAGCGUUCAGAAUGCAGCCACUGCCAAUACGCCGCGCAGCACGAACCCCUUCCUCAGCUCGAAGUUUUCGGAGGAGGAGAACGCGCUGGACAACAUCCUGAAAACAUCGGCUUCGUCCUCGACGGCGGCCUCCAGUAAUCGCAGCCAUCGCAACCGCAACACACUGAAUCGCCUGAGUGGCAUGACCAGCUCGAGCAGCGAUUCGCAGACCCACCAGCAACUGCAAAUCGCACAGCAGCAGCAGCAGCAGCAGCAGCAACAGAUUGCUGCGGUGAAGCAGCAACUGCUGCCGCCGGAGGACAGCGGCGACGAUGAGUUCGUCCUGGGCUCCCUAAACGUGGACUUGGACAUGGGCAACGUCAAUGGCAACGUCAAUGGCAAUGGCAACGGCAACGGCAACUACAGCAGCGGCGGCGAGUCGGAGGAACCGCCGCCGGAACCGGCGCCCCCGGAAAUACCGCCGCGCACCCAGUCGCUCCUCAUGUCCCUACGCAAGCACUCCGACUACAAGCUCAAGUACGAGGAGAAGGGCGACCAGAAGCACGAGGAGUUCAUACCCACCAGCCAGCUGCAGAAGGAUUAUAUUAUCAGCGAUAACCUCCGCUCAGAUCAGCAGCUUAAGCCUCAUUCACCAGGCGACUCAAAUGGACUGGGCGGCCACCCACAACAGAUGCCGCAGAGCAUGUCAACUGGCAGCAACACAAUCGGCCACGGCGGCAUCGAUCGCGGCGGCGUUGGACUGCCGAUGGGCGCCGGCACCAUGCCCGGCGGUGUGGGCGGUGGCCAGGUGGGCGUGGCCGGUGGACAGCAAGUGGGCGUCGGACCGCCCGGGAGCGGUAACGGUGGCAAUUGCCAGAUAAGCGGCUCACAGCCGCUGGUCAUGCCCGGAUUCCCGUUGCGUAAUUCCCACUCAGCCCAUGCACCGCAUUAUUCGCCAUAUUCGCCAUCCAGGUUUCACAUAGAUAAACGCUGUCAGCACCGAUGUUCCUGGAAAUGCUUGAGCAUCGCCUUAAUAUUCGUAUCCGUCGUCCUAACAGCCAUGUUGGCAUACUUUGCAGCAGUCAGCUCGAUGAAGCCGAACAUGGACAGCACCAACUGCAUCCUAGUCCAGGACGUCAAGUCGCAGCCGCAUGAUCUGCGGGGCGGAUUGGGCGGCAAGGCGAACGAGAAGGGCGUGGCCACGGCCUUUCCCACGGAGGAAUCGAUCCAGACCAGCACCUCGGACCACGGCCCGAACGGAGUCCAUGGCCUGCUGAAUCCUGCGGCGGGUGGAGCGAACGGAGCCAGUAAUUUGGGCAUCCAGCAGCAGCUGCUCCUGCAGCAACAACAGCCGCACUCGAUCAACCAACCGCUCACGCCGCUAGAUGCCACCAAUACGCAGCUGCAGGAUCACCACCAGUUGACCUACGGCGGGGCCAUGGUCGGUGGUGGACCGAACGGCGGUCUGAACGGCGGACUGGGCGGUCAGUUGAUGCAACAGCCGGGCGGACUGUCCAAUGGCCACCACCAUCAGGCGCUGCAGCCCCAACUCGGCGGUGUGGUGGAGCUGAAGGAGUUCAAUGAGGCCUACCAUGCCACCAUACCCGCCUAUCAGUUCUGGACCCUGGAAUUCCGCAACAAGCAUCCCGCAUUCAUCAGAUUCAAUUUCACUCUGCCCUGGGGCGCCCACUUUGCGGUCUAUUCGCGUCGCAAUGUGGCGCCAUCGGUGACGCAGCACGAUUUCGUGGAGUUCAUCAAGGGCGGUCGGCUGGACAGUCAUCUGAGACAUCGCCGCAGCUCCAAUGGCACAUCAUCCCCACACUCUUCGAUAGCCGGCCAGGAUGUGGAGCUGUAUGGGCAGGAGCGGGAGCGGGAGCAACAGAGUGCGGAAUCGGCCCAGGAUCAGAAUUCGGAACAGGACGACAGCCGGAGCUUCGACUCGAGUGAGUCGUACGAUGUGGAAACGCCCCUGGACACGGCCAAGCAACACCUGCAGCGGAUUGGAAAGCCCCAGAGCCACUGGCUCAACAAACGAUCCGCCGGCGAUGGUCUGCCCGCUCUGGACGUGGAUGCCAUGACGGUGAAUGUGUCGCUGCUGCAGUAUCUGGACACCGGGCUAUGGUUCAUAUCGGUCUACAACGACGAACUGGUGGCCCACUCCGUUUCCCUGCUCGCCGAGGAAGCCGAGGGCGUCAGCACCACCUGUCCAAACGAUUGCUCCGGCAGGGGAAGCUGCUAUCUGGGCAAGUGCGACUGCAUCGAUGGCUAUCAGGGCGUGGAUUGCUCCAAAAGCGUCUGUCCGGUGCUGUGCUCGGCACACGGCCACUACGGCGGAGGCGUCUGCCACUGCGAAGAGGGCUGGAAGGGGGCCGAGUGCGACAUUCCGGUGGGCGAGUGCGAGGUGCCCAACUGCUCCAGCCACGGACGCUGCAUCGAGGGCGAGUGCCACUGCGAGCGCGGCUGGAAAGGACCCUACUGCGAUCAACACGACUGCCUGGAUCCCUUGUGCUCCGGACACGGCACCUGUGUCGCCGGACAAUGCUACUGCAAGGCCGGAUGGCAGGGCGAGGAUUGCGGCACGAUCGACCAGCAGGUGUACCAAUGCCUACCCGGAUGCUCCGAGCAUGGCACCUACGACCUGGAAACAGGUCAAUGUGUGUGCGAGCGCCACUGGACGGGACCCGAUUGCUCUCAAGCCGUCUGCAGUUUGGAUUGCGGCCGGAACGGAGUGUGUGAGUCCGGAAAAUGCCGCUGCAAUUCCGGAUGGACUGGCAACCUGUGCGACCAACUGCCCUGCGAUUCCCGCUGCUCGGAACAUGGCCAAUGCAAAAAUGGCACCUGUGUCUGCUCCCAAGGAUGGAAUGGUCGUCACUGCACGCUGCCUGGCUGCGAAAAUGGAUGCUCUCGACAUGGACAAUGUACCCUGGAAAAUGGCGAAUACCGUUGCGAUUGCAUUGAGGGAUGGGCUGGAAGCGACUGUUCCAUCGCACUGGAACUGAAUUGCAAGGAUAAUAUCGACAAUGAUGGCGACGGCAUGACCGACUGUUCCGACAGCGAGUGCUGCUCACAUCCCGCCUGUUCGGAGCACAUCAUGUGCCUGUCGUCCAACGAUCCCGUGGAGGUCCUGCUCCGGAAACAGCCCCCCUCGGUGACGGCCUCCUUUUACCAGAGGGUCAAGUUCUUGAUCGAGGAGAACUCGGUGCAGUCGUACGCCCACAUGGACGAGUACAGCGAAAAUCUCUUCUGGAGCUCGUUCACACCUUGUCGCGUAUCGGUGAUGCGAGGUCAGGUGAUCACACCCCAAGGUCUGGGCAUCGUCGGCAUCCGGGUUUCCGUGGAUCGUGAUUCCCGAUUUGGGUUCACCCUAACUCGUCAAGGAGGAUGGUUCGAUGUGCUGGUGAAUGGUGGCGGAGCGGUGACCUUGCAGUUCCAGCGCUCUCCCUUCCGACCUUUGACCCGCACCGUCUUUGUGCCCUGGAACCGGAUCGUGGUGCUUCCGCCCGUGCAAAUGCAGCUGAGCGACGACGACGAGACGACCAGCCGGAAUAUCAAGGUGGCUCCGCUGAAUCCCGCCCUGACGUUCCUGAACUCGAUCCACUAUCACACGGCGGACGAGGCCAACGAUGCCAGCAAGGUGUGCAUGGACCACGAUCACGAGAAGCUGCGGCCUCAGCUGAUCAGCACCUGGAUGCCAAAUGGAGUGGGCGCCAUGCCCGGCAAGAGGGUCAUCUUUGCCGAAACUCAGAUCGUGCAAGAAUCCAUCCAGAUCCCGGGCUCGGAUCUCCACCUGACCUACCAAUCCUCGCAGGCCAGUGGCUACCUGAGCAUCGUGCGCAUGCGUCUGACCGCUGAGACCAUUCCGCCCACCCUGACCCACGUGCAUGUGGGCGUGGAGAUCGAGGGCGCCCUGCAUGUGAAGACCUACGAGGCGGACCCCAGUUUGGUGCACACGUUUGCGUGGAACAAGCGCAACGUGUACCGCCAGAAGGUUUACGGUGUGACCGUGGCCCGGAUUUCGGUGGGCUACCAGCACAGCACCUGCCAGUCGCCCGUUUGGAUCGCCCAGACGGCCAAGUUGCAGGGCUACGACGUGGACAUAUCCGACAUCGGGGGAUGGGGUCUGGACAUCCACCACCACUACAACUUCCACGAGGGCAUACUGCAGAAGGGCGAUGGCAGUACGCUGCACAUGAAGGAAUACCCGCGAACGGUUAAGGUGGUGAUGGGCACCGGCCUGCAGCGACCUUUGACCUGCCCCGACUACUGCAACGGCGUGGCCAAGGAUGCCAAGCUGCUCACUCCGAUUGCCCUGGCCACCGGACCGGACGGCAGUCUCUAUGUAGGCGACUUCAAUCUGGUGCGUCGCAUUACGCCCGACGGCAAGGUGUUCACCAUCCUUCAGCUGAGUGCCACGCAGGUGUCGUAUCAGUAUUACCUGGCCGUCUCGCCGGCCGACGGACACCUGUACAUCUCCGAUCCGGAGAGGCACCAGAUCCUGCGGCUGCUGCGGCUCGAGAAGGUGAAGGAUCCGAGCAUCAACAGUGAUCCCGUGGUGGGCAGUGGCCAGCGCUGCAUUCCCGGCGACGAGGGCAAUUGCGGCGAUGGUGGACCCGCCCUCCUGGCUCGACUGUCCCAUCCCAAGGGACUGGCCAUCGCAGCCGAUCGCACCAUGUACAUAGCCGAUGGCACCAACAUCCGAGCCGUGGACCCCAAGGGUGUGAUCCACACCCUAAUUGGCCAUCACGGACACCACAAUCACUGGAGUCCGGCUCCCUGCAGCGGCACCCUGAUGGCCAAUCAGGCGCAGUUGCAAUGGCCCACCGGCCUGGCACUGAGUCCCUUGGACGGCUCACUGCACUUCAUCGACGAUCGCCUCGUCCUGCGCCUCACCUCGGACAUGAAGAUCCGCGUGGUGGCCGGCACACCGCUGCACUGCAGCAACGGCGGGCAGGAUGGCAGGGUCAACAAGACGGGCACGGACAAUGUCCUGGGCACCGUUCUGGCCAUGGCCUUCUCGCCCUUCGGCAAUCUCUACAUUGCGGACAGCGAUUCGAGGAGGGUCAAUUCCAUUCGCGUGGUGGACACGGCCGGAACUAUGCGAUACUUUGCCGGAAAGCAGGAGGGCACAGGAUCCCAGACCUGCGACUGUGCGAUUGGAGGCGGUGGCAAUGGCAGCGCUGCCUCCGCGGGAGUGGGCGGGGCCAGCGGCGGCGCCUAUUCGACAACGGUUAACCCAACGCGGCCGAAUGGCGGCACCACGCCCACCACCCCGUCGGGCGGAAACGGAAGCGGAAAUGGCAACGGUUCGUCGGCCACCUCGAGCGGUGGUGGCUCCUCCUCCGGCGGUGGGGCGAACGGCAGUGGUGCCUGCAUCUGUGCCGGCGGCAUUGCUCUCUCCACCGGAUCCGGCUCGAACUCCGGCUCCGGAAAUGGCAACGGCAACGGCGGCGGCACCCUGGCCAGCAUCGUGGGCAGCGGCGGACUGAUGUCCACGGGACCCACAACGACCACCACCGUGCUGCUGGGCGCCAAGACCACGGCGGCGGGCAUCGGCGGCGGGGCGGCCACCUUGAACGACGACGGCACACUCAGCAACGCGGAGACGCUGCUCUCCUCGAACGCCCGAUUCCAGGCCAUUUCCGCCAUCGCGGUGGCCCAGGACGGGGUCAUCAAUGUGGCCGAUCAAGGAUCUCUGCACGUGUUGGCCCUGGAGCACUACCUGCCCUCGCACGACGAGAACGGCGAGUUCCACAUCCCCUUCCCGCCCUCCAGCGAGAUCUACGUGUUCAACCGGUACGGCCAGCAUGUGGCCACCAAGGACCUGACCUCGGGCAAGACCCGCUACAGUUUCCUCUACUCGAAGAACACCAGCUUCGGCCGCCUGUCCACGGUGACGGAUGCGUCGGGCAACAAGAUCCAGUUCCUGCGCGACUACAGCAACGUGGUUAGCUCGAUCGAGAACACCCAGGACCACAAGUCGGAGAUCCAGAUCAACGGCAUCGGGAUCAUGACCAAGCUGAGCGAGAAGGGUCGCCAGGAGAUCGAGCUGGACUACGACAGCAAUACGGGCCUGCUCAAUUCGCGCUCCUCGGGCGGCGAGACAUACAUCUAUCAGUACGAUGAGUUUGGCCGCGUCACCGGCCUGAUCCUGCCCAGCGGCGAGAUAGUGCGCAUCACCUCCCAACUGGCGGCCAGCCAAGGGCUGACUGUCCGCGUCCAUGCCUCCGUCGAGUCGCUCUUCUCGCGAGAACGCCGCGCCGGCGAGGCCAACGAGCUGCUGGUCCUGGGCGGCGUACGGUCCACCCAUCUGAAGCGCGGCCAGGCGCACGCCGAUGCCGAACUGAAGGCCAACAACACCCUGGUGAUCCACGGCGACAAUGGUGUCGUGGUGGAGGCCUCCGCCGUCGCCCGUCAUCCCCUGCUGGAGGCCGCCCUGCCCGUGGAGGCCGAAAUGCUGGCCAUGUGGUCGCACCAGAGCGUCACCAUGGGCGAGGGCCUGACCAACUCGAUGUACUCGGUGUACAGCCUGGUGGGCGAUGUGCGCAAUCCCCAGCAGACGCUGAACCGCGAACUCUGGGUGAACCAGUCGCGGGUGCUCGGCGUCGAGUUCGAUCAGUACACCAAUCGUGAGACCUUCUACGAUGCCCGCCGCACGCCCAUCCUGAUCGUGGCGUACGACCAGUCCGGGCUGCCCAAGUCCUACUAUCCAACCAACGGGCAUCCGGUGAACAUCACCUACGAUCGCUUCAAUCGCGUCGAGGGCUGGGCCUGGGGCCCCGCCGAGCUCAAGUACAGCUACGACCGGCACGGCCUGCUCUCGGAGAUCACCUCGCAGCAGGACGGCAUCGUUUCGUUCGUGUACAACGACUGGAAUUUGGUAUCCGAGAUCGGUUUGGCCAGCCAGCGCAAGUUUGUGCUGCAGUACGACGACGCCGGCGGACUGCGGCACGUGGUCCUGCCCUCGGGCACACGGCACAGCUUCAGCAUGCAGACAUCCAUUGGCUUCAUCCGGUGCACCUACACGCCGCCGGGCAGCACCAGGGCCUACCUGCAGCACUACAGCCAUGCGGGCGCCCUGCUCCAGACCAUUUUGCCGGGCGACGGGGCCCGCAUCGUCUAUCGCUACAAUGCCGCCGGCCAGCUGACCGAGGUGGUGCACGGCGACGGCCGGAGCGAGUUCCAGUAUAACGAGGCCACCGGCAUGCCCAGCACGGUGUCGCACACGGAGCGGGAGCUGGAGUACCGCUGGGACUUUGAGUACGCCGCCGGCCUGCUGGCCGAGGAGCGCAUCGACUAUGUGGCCAAGACGGGCCUGAGCAAUGCCAAGUUCAGCUACGAAUAUGACUCACAGCUGCGGGUGGUGGCCCUGCAGGGACGGAUCGGUGGCCAGAGUCUGCCCACGCAAGCCUUUGCCUACGAUAUGCGCACCGGUCGACCAAGUUUGAUUGGCCAGUUCCGGUUCUCGCAGCCGGCGCUCAACCAGACGCAACUGCACGACGGCACGGCCAGCUUUACGCGCACCGUCGACGGUCGCUUCCAGACGCAACGCAUGGCCCUGGCCAUCCACCGAUUGGAGGUGUUCCGCAUGGAGUUCUCGUACGGCGUCCACGGACGCAUCGCACAGACGCGCACCUAUACGCGCAACAUGGCGGUGAACAGCUACACGAACGUGAAGAACUACACGUGGGACUGCGACGGGCAGCUGGUGGGCGUGGAGGCGCAGGAGCCGUGGGGCUUCCGCUACGAUGACAACGGCAACCUGCUGUCGCUCACGUACCGGGGCAACACCAUACCGAUGGAGUACAAUGGCCAGGAUCGGAUCGUGAAGUUCGGCGAGGGGCAGUACAAGUACGAUGCCCGCGGCCUGGUGGCCCAGAAUGCGCGCGAGGAGCGCUUCCACUACAACACCCAGGGCCUGCUGGUGAGGGCCUCGAAGCGGGGUCGCUUCGAUGUGCGCUACUAUUACGAUCACCUCAAGCGGCUGACCACGCGCAAGGACAACUUCGGGAAUGUGACGCAGUUCUUCUACACCAACCAGCAGCGGCCGUACGAGGUCAGCCAGAUCUACUCGCCGCGCGAUGGCAAACUGAUGUCGCUGACGUACGACGAUGUGGGCCAUUUGAUCUACGCCCAGGUGUAUCGGCACAAGUACUACGUGGCCACGGACCAGAGCGGCACCCCGCUGAUGCUCUUCAAUCAGUACGGCGAGGGCAUACGGGAGAUCAUGCGUUCGCCCUUCGGUCACAUUGUGUACGAUUCGAACCCCUACUUGUACCUGCCCAUCGACUUUUGUGGCGGCAUUCUCGACCAGGUGACCACGCUGGUGCACAUGGGCGACGGCCGGGUGUACGACCCCCUCAUCGGCCAGUGGAUGUCGCCGGACUGGCAGCGCGUGGCCGAGCGGAUCAUAACGCCCACUCGGCUGCAUUUGUACCGCUUCAAUGGCAACGAUCCCAUCAAUGUGGGCCACGAGCGCCACUAUCCGCAGGACUUUGCCGCCUGGAUGCGCACGCUUGGCUACAAUGUGGGCAAUCUGGUGCCGCAGUUGGCCCGCGAUCUGUGGCAGCCGCCUGCCCUGUGGGGCCGCCCACCGGCCAAUCCGGUGGCCAAUCCGGUGGCCCUCAAUCUCCGGCGGCCCUUCGAUAAUAUACCCACCAUGGCGGUGGAGAGCGGCUUCCUGGCGCACCUCAACGUGCGCCGAAUGUCGGACUUUGAGCAGCUCUCCGCCCCGCCGCGGUCCGCCCUCAAGUGCGAUGUGAUGGACCCCUCGCCCAAGACCAUCGGAUCGGACACGGAGCCGCCGUUCGGCAAGGGCAUCGUGGUGUCGCGCACCGCCGACGGCCAGGCCAUCGUGUCCAGUGUGCCGGCGGCCAAUGCCAUUUACCGCGACGUCUACACCAGCGUCUUCAAUCGCUCCAAGCUGCUCCCCUUCACCUUUGUGGUGCACAAUGCCCAGCAGGACUCGUUCUUCUUUGUGAAGGAGGAUGCCUGGCGGGCCACCGAGGAUCGACAGCAACUGAAGCGGCUGCAGGGACAGGUGAACACCACCUUCCAUGAGAUCACCCGCGAGACGACAGUGGGAGUGGGAGCAGGAGGAGCAGGAGGAUCAGGAGGAUCAGGAGGAGGAUCUUCUGCGGCCCCAUCAUCAUCAUCAUCAUCAUCUAGCUCGUCGGCAAACACGGGCAACUAUCUGGAUGUGAAGAUACAUGGGGCGCAUGCCAUCAUCAAUCUGCGCUACGGCACCACGGUGGCCAAGGAGCAGCAGCGACUGAUGCACCAUGCCAAGCUGACGGCGGUGCGGAAGGCGUGGCACCGCGAAAAGGAGGCGCUGCGCAGCGGGCUGACCACCGCGCUCGAGUGGAGCCAGCAGGAGACCGAGGAGAUACUCAAGCAGAGCUAUGCCAACAACUACGAGGGUGAGUACAUCCACGACGUGGCCCUGUAUCCGGAGCUGGCGGAGGAUCCCUACAACAUCAAGUUCGUGAAGAAAAAGGGCGCCACCGGCGGCGCGGCGGGGGUGGCCAAUUCGCGUCGGCGUCGCCGCCGAUCCACCGAUCCUGUCCAGGCAGAGGAGGUCGUCGACUGUUAGCUCAACGGAGGACCAGCAACCAGAGCUGCCGGAGCAGCUGGAGGAAACCCCAAAAAACCAGCCACUAAAAAGCAAGGAGCGCCGUAAAACCGAAGAACAGGAGACAUAAUUAUUUAUAUUUAUACAUAUAUAUAUAUAAACCUAUAUAUAUAUAUAUAUAUAUAUAUAUAUAUAUAUAUAGUACAUAAAUCUAUGUUAUUGAACCAGUUUUUUGAUGUCAAGGAACAUUAUAUUUAUAUAUAU